AUGGAUUUAGGCGACGUUCAACCAGGCCAAGUACGAGUGCGAGAUGACAUUGGAGUCCAGUGUCAAAAAUUGUUCCAAGAUUUUCUACAAGAGUUCAAAGAAGAAGGCGAAAUUAAGUACAAGAAGGCCGCCGCAGAGUUAGAAAGUCCAGAAAGAAGUACUUUGGAAGUCUCAUUCGAUGACAUUGAAAGAUACAAUCAAGUGCUUUCAACUACUAUAAUUGAAGAAUACUACAGGGUUUAUCCUUAUUUGUGCAAAGCUGUUGAAAACUAUCUUAAGGACUUGAUCAGUUUAAAAAAGGAUAAGGAAUGUUACGUGAGUCUUGUUGAUGUGCCCACUCGACACAAAUUAAGAGAACUCACCACUACGAAAAUCGGCACCUUGAUACGUAUUUCUGGCCAGGUUGUGCGAACGCACCCAGUUCAUCCAGAAUUAAUCAGUGGCGCUUUCGUUUGCUUAGACUGCAACGCAGUUAUCAAAAAUGUUGAGCAGCAGUUUAAAUUUACAAAUCCUACGAUUUGUGUAAAUCCGGUCUGCAACAAUCGACGCCGUUUCAUGCUUGACACGGACGCUUCGAUAUUUGUUGAUUUUCAAAAAGUAAGAAUCCAAGAGACACAAGCAGAACUUCCUAGAGGAUGUAUUCCUCGUUCAAUGGACAUCGUCCUCCGAGCUGAGACUGUCGAAACUGUUCAAGCUGGUGACAGGUAUGACUUCACCGGAACUUUGAUAGUAGUUCCCGACGUGGGUGCCCUCUCAUUUCCCGGAACAAAAACCGAAAUUACAAGGAACAACCGAAAUUUUGAUGAAGGAGAAGGAGUGAGAGGUCUUAAAGCUCUUGGUGUAAGAGAUCUGAGUUACAGAAUGGCCUUUCUUGCUUGCAGUAUUGCAGCCACAAGCCUCAGGUUUGGCGGUACAGAAAUGGCAAUGGAAGAAAUUUCCCAGGAUAAUAUCAAGCGGCAAAUGGCAGAAUCAGAAUGGAAUAAAGUUUAUGAAAUGAGUCACGACCGAAAUCUCUAUCAGAACUUGAUCGUCAGUUUGUUCCCAUCGAUUCAUGGGAGUGAAGAGGUGAAGAAAGGAAUCACUCUGAUGUUAUUUGGUGGCGUUGGAAAAACGACUAUGGAAGGAACAACUCUGAGAGGCGACAUCAAUUGUUGCAUUGUGGGCGAUCCUAGUACUGCAAAGUCACAACUUUUGAAACAGGUGGCCGAUAUUUCGCCGCGAGCUAUUUACACGUCUGGAAAAGCGUCGACGGCUGCGGGAUUGACUGCAGCUGUUGUGCGAGACGAGGAGUCUUCAGAUUUUGUGAUUGAAGCUGGAGCUUUAAUGCUCGCGGACAAUGGAAUUUGCUGUAUCGACGAGUUUGACAAAAUGGAUCCUAAAGAUCAAGUCGCUAUUCACGAGGCGAUGGAACAGCAGACCAUUUCCCUCGCUAAGGCUGGCGUGAGAGCUACAUUAAACGCCAGGACUUCGAUUCUUGCUGCUGCAAAUCCGAUCGGAGGUCGUUACGACAGACAGAAAUCUCUGCAGCAAAAUGUCAUGUUGACUGCACCGAUUAUGUCGAGAUUCGAUCUGUUCUUCAUCCUCGUUGACGAAUGCAACGAGGUUGUCGAUAACGCUAUCGCCAAGAAAAUUGUUGACAUGCACAGUAAUAACGAUAUCAAUAUCGACGCGCCUUAUACUCAAGAAGAAAUUCUUCGCUAUAUUAAUUUCGCGAAGCACUUUAAGCCCAUCAUUAAUAAGGAAGCAGCCGAGCUUUUGGUGAAAAGUUAUACAGCUUUGAGACAAAGGGAAGGUAACGGUGCGGGGAAAUCAACUUGGAGAGUCACAGUUCGUCAGUUGGAGAGUUUAAUUCGUCUCUCUGAGGCUUUUGCAAAAUUGGAGUGUCUGGAUGAAGUUACAGUGAGACAUGUUGAAGAGGCUCGCCGACUUUUGAGCAAGAGUAUUGUGCGAGUUGAGCAGCCUGACAUCGAUUUGAAUGAUGAAGAGGAAGCAGAUGACAGGGCGAUGGAGGUCGAUGGACAAGUUCAAAACGGAGACAACACUAAUCUGACGAACGGUGAUGUUGGAAACGGCGAGGGCCCCCCUACGCCUGCUGUUCCAAAGAAGAAAAUGUCAAUGUCUUUCGAGGAAUAUAAAAAACUCUCCAAUGUAUUGGUACUUCAUUUGCGAAGUUUUGAGGAUAGAACUGAAGACGAAGGUCAAGGCAUUAGGAAAUCUGAUCUAGUUAAUUGGUAUCUGGACCUUGUACAAGAGGAGAUCGAAUCCGAAGAAGAUUUGCUGGAACGAAAGGGUUUAAUAGAAAACAUCAUCGAUAGAUUGACAUACAAUGAUCAAGUUAUCAUUCCUUUAACGGAAACAGAGUUGAGAGGCCGGGGAGCAGGGCCGAUAGCUGAAGACGAAGAUCCCGUACUCGUAGUGCAUCCUAAUUACGUUCUUGAUCAAUAAGAUAAGUUUUUUUCGUCCACUUUUUUUUACGGAGUCUGACGCGUUGGAGCCUAGGAGUAAAUUUACGAGUAUAAACAUGUAGAUUUAAAGUUUCAUUUCCAUUAAUUUACAAGGAACAAAAUAUUUCGCAAGAUUCGUUAUUAUUGUGCAAAUGUCGGAAUCUCCUCUACUUAAAACCUGUUUUUCAUGGAAUGAAAUUGUGUAUAGGACUUCAGUGUUUUACUUAAGUGUUCUUUUUACUAUUUUUUUAUAUCUAGUGGUGAAAAAUAUGAUACUCUAUUUUAUAUACUGCUCGUUGUACAAAUACUUAAGUAAGAGGAAAUUAUAGGAAGUUGUGGAAUUCCAGGAUAAUAUUUUAUACGGAUAGGACUUGCUUGUUUUAAGUGAUUUUUAGAAUCUUCAUUAAUAAAGCUCUUUUACAGUAGGUGGGAUCUUCAAA